UCGUGGAUCUCAGCCGCUGCACUUCACUCUUCAACCCGGCAGCAGCUCCACAGGUCGGCGCGGAGGCAGGCUCAGCAGCUCCGGGGUCCCGCUCUGCUUUACCGGGGAGAUCCUUCAUGCCAUGGCCGAGAGCCAGGACAUAUUUCUCAGGGCCAAACAGCGGACGUUCAGCGGACUGACUGAAGAUGCUGAGCGUCAGUGGACCGGACCGUUUUGCUUCAUCCAAGCUGCAGACCCCCAGCUUGGGCUGAUGAAGGCCUGGAGAGACGGUGAUUGUGACGGUGGGGGGGACGAAUGGGCUGAGGAGGUCGAGCUCACCAAGCAGGCUGUGGAGGCCGUUAAUCAGCUCCGACCUCGACCGAGAUUCGUGGUGCUGUGCGGUGACCUAGUCCACGCUAUGCCAGGUACACCAUUCAGAGAAGGUCAGGAGCGAGACCUGAAGGCAGCGUUGAAGGGGACAGAUCCCGCCAUCCCUCUGGUGUUUGUCAGUGGGAACCAUGACCUGGGUAACCAACCCACCCUCAGCUCCGUGCAGGAGUACUGCGAUGCUUGGGGUGAAGACUACUUCAGCUUUUGGGUGGGCGGAGUUCUCUGCCUGGUUCUGAACUCCCAGCUGUUCUACGACGCCUCGGCCUGCCCUCAGCUGAAGGAGGCUCAGGAGACGUGGCUGGAGGCACAGCUGAGGAGGGCCUCCUCCUCCUCUUCAGCGGAUCCCAAACCCAAACAUGUCUUGGUGUUCCAGCACAUUCCUCUGUACUUAAAGAGCCCUGAUGAAGAGGAUGACUACUUCAACCUGCAGAGGGUAGUUAGGCAAAACCUACUGGACAGGUUCAAGCGGGCAGGAGUGAAGGCGGUCUUCUCCGGCCAUUACCACAGAAACGCCGGCGGCUGCCACGACGGCCUGGACAUGGUGGUGAGCUCAGCCAUCGGCUGCCAGCUCGGCGAGGACACCCACGGAGUCAGGGUGGUGGUGGUGACGGCUGACGGCGUCAUCCAUCGCUACCACAGCCUGGAGCAGCUGAGAGCACGAGGGAUGGACGAGGACCUCAGGAAACUCCUGCAGGCCUGAAGGCCACUGGGGUGAAUGUUUGGACUCCCUUCAAAAAAGCUAGAUUUGAUGAAUCACUUUGGUUUCAUUUUACAGUUUUGAGCCAGUCUUCCCAGACAUUUCCUCAGAUGUGUCAUUUUACAAUCCUUUUGUUUAUUUAUCUCCUACUAAAUAAUUUACUCUAUUUUAACCAGAUGCUUAUGACCUGCCAGAGGUUGUACUAGGUGUCCUCAGGUGACCCGAUGGGCCGCGCCUCAAAGUGGCGUGAACUAAAUAAAUGACUAGGAUUGAAACAAAACGAGUCUCAAACGAGCAAAAAUGACUACGUACCAGCCGCACAUAAUAGGAUGUAGAGAAUCUUAUAAUGAAGCUAGACGAACUUUCUGUUGACGACACUGAAUGUUUUCCUGGGAACAUCUGAGGACCGGGUGCUGUACCGUCAUGAGAAGAAAGGAAGGAUGCCCUCUUGAGUUUUGUGACACCAAGCUCCCAAAUAAAUAGUUAAAUACAACCUUAAAUGGUAGAUGUUUAACACAAUGCCAAAGAGAAAAGACAUCAGUAGUGGUCUUAGAGACACAGUUGUUGCUGCACAUCAAAUCAUCUGAAGUCUGUCAUUGAAACUGAGAUAGCAGACAUCAAAGACACUUGUUAAUCUCCCAUUAAGUGGAUGUACAAGAAGAUUCACCUCAAGAUGAAAGAGCGAUGAUCCAAAAAAUAAAAAUCAAUCAAGCAAAGCACAUCACUAGGACUGCAUCACAGCCAGUAUAGGCCUCAGUUAGCGUCUUGAUUGUUAAAGUAGUCUUAGAAACAGAUCAAAAUAAGGCCUCUGUUGUGAAGGGACAAUUGUUCCUGCUCACCUGGUUGACAGGUGACCCUUACAGAGGCUGGCUGAGGCUUAUGGUCUUCAUGCAUCUUCAUAGAGUUGACUAGUGCCACAAAAAACAAAUAGAACUGCGGCUGACCAAUGCCUGACACAUAACGCAGUGCCACUAUUUAUUUGAUAAAAACUCAAUAAGGCAGCACAUCUUAGGUGUGCAGAGCCUCAUCUGGGCAACAAUGUCAUUUGAAUGAGGAGUUUAAAAUGGAGAUGUCUGGCCGUAAUGCACAGCUCAACUGUUGACAAAAAACAUUUACAGUACAUCACCACAACAGCCUCAUAACUGUCAAGCACAGUGGUGGAGGGAUGAUGACGUGGGCUUGUUUUACACCAGAGCACUGGAGCAUCUUUCAGUCAUCAACGACGUUGGACUCCUCUGUAUCCCGAAGUAUUCUGUCCUGCUGUUAAAAAUGGGCUGAACUUGGUGAAACGACAGGACAAUCAUCCCAACAACAUCAGCAAAGUGUAAUGGCCGAAAAACAAGAUAAUCAGUGUCUCCCAGUAAGCAGAGAAACUCUAGACCUCAACCUGAUUAAAGACCUGAGCAUAAUCAAACGCUUGCAAACUUCAGUUAACUCAAGGCUGAAGACUAAAUGUCAUACAAAAACUAUUAUCUCAAGUUACUGCUGCACACACACACACACACACACACACACACACACACACACACACACACACACACACACACACACACACACACACACACACACACACACACACACACACACACACACACACACAAACACAGCAGGUGUAGUAUAGUACAUUUCAUUUUGAGGUUGUAUUUAGCUAAUAUUUGUUCCUGGUAUGGCUUAUGUGAUUUUUUCCCCCCCCUUUUUUUGUUUGGGGUUGAAAGGAAAAACCUUCUAAAUUAAAGAGGAGAUCCUUUGUUUUUUCUCAUUAAUGUUUUACGGAAAGAAAAGCACCAAAAAUCACUGAAUGUUUUAAAAGUUGUGGAUUUUUUUGUCCUCCUGCAUCCUCAUGUAGCACAGUCUUCAUGGAAGUAGCACCCUGGUAGGCCUGGGAUAUACUCGCCGUUAGUAACGCGUACCUGUACACAUCACCGCUGCCACACGUAUCAUGUGAUCAUUUGGCACAUCAGUUGUGCACGUACCCUAAAAAAUAAAUGUUACAAUCUAUUCAACGUCUACACGUACAAACCUGGCGGGCACAGUUAUAGUGUUGGUGUUUCACGCCGUCAUUUCCCCGCAUCUGUAAAACCAGAGAAACAGACAAUGACCCAAGAGGUGUUGAUUUAAUGUCCCAACAACCAUCUCUGAUGCAUGGCCACUACAAAACCAGUUCAAUCCGGAGUCCAGUUGUGACAACGCCACUGGAACGCGCUGCCCCCGAGUGGAGGCUGCCGGAAUCACACGUACAAGGCCGCGUUGUCCCGAGCUAAGAACUGCAGCUGGUCGUGUACGCCAACAUGGAUAAACCGCAGGUAUAUUCCAGGCCUUAGUCUGCCUCUGCAGUGCACAUUGUUGUUGUGUUUUUCCAAUUGAACCUGUUCAGUGUUUUCCUACCUGAAACAUUUUAGCCUCAGCCUGGCUACAAGGCGUGGCGGCUGUUCAGAGAAAUAAUUUGAAGAGAAACUGGGACCACCCGCAGGCAGCUGUUGGGUUUGUUUGCUCAGUUCCCUGCAGGGUUGUUUGUUUAACAAUCAAAGAUGAGAGAAGUUUGGAUUGUAGAAAAUAAUAUCAGCAACGAAUUUGAAAUGUUUCAGUUUAAUGAUCCUCAACUGUUAACGCCGCGUCUGAUGCUUGUCAUUACUUUAAUCGAUUGCCUUGUUGGCUACACUAUGCAAACUGUUUUUUAAUAACAAAUCGCUUAUUUUUUAUGGGUAACAUACUACAUUGAUCUCUGUAUAUCCUAAAGGUUUGCACGUCACUUUUCUUCCACUACAUUUUAUUAAUCAGGUUCCUCUGGAUUUGGCUCUGAUUUCCAGAGGACGGGACGCUGGUGAACGACUGUCGUCACCUUUACUGUCAAACUUCGGAAAUCCCGGGUCUUAAUCAAAAACAACCAUCUUUGUUUUCAAUAAUGCCUCUUGAAUAGUCCUGUAUCAGUCGUCGCUUGAAGUCUGGAGUGACCGAACGUUCACUACUGGUGGAAAUGGCCGUGAAUACAUUUCACAAGAGAGAAGUACGGCUGGCCAGGCUACUUAACAGCACCCACUGAGGAAAAAAGAUUUGUGUAAAGCUUACUUUUUACUUGGCAGCCAGAAAGAGCCUUUGAUUGCAAGUCGCUUUGAGAGAUUAUUGAAAAAGGACGAUCUUGUAUUUGAAUAAAGCUGUCCGAUUUCAGUCCUUGAUGAAAACCUUGCCUUGAGCAUCAUCUGUUUUCCAGAAUGCAAGCUAUUCUUCCUGGAUAGUGAAAUGUGGUUGUUUAGAUUGCAGCCGUGCAGUGGAAAAGAAGAAAGAAACUAGACGGAUUCAAAGGUGCUUCCAGACAAAACUGAUGGGAAAAUGUGUUUGAUUUAUCGUCAACCUCAGGUUUUUAUGUUUUAUAAAAAGGAUAACAUUGGAGUACUCGACUGCCAAUAGUACAAAUGUUCCACUAUUUCCUCUUACAAGUUGAUACAGCAUGUCUGCCGUUUUUACAAUCAAUAUAUUCUAUCAUUAAACCAGAGUUUUAGUCAAACUUUUAAAUGCAGCAUGUCACUUUAAGCAGCUUAUGCUUUUAAUCCUUGGAGCAAACUCCACUUGCACAGGUAAAUAAAAAGAUUAAAUUACAAUUGUCUUGUGAAAAGAGAUGUGAGACUGGCGACGCGGCGACAGUGAUUGGCCCUCGGGUCCGAGCUGAACCUCUCCGUAUUACAGUCUGCUGGCUGCAGGAUUAUUUUGGGAGCUCGCGGUCCUGAAAUGGUCUUUAAAAUGAACAUUUCUGCGACAAAAUGGGUUUCUCUGUGUGGAAUAAAUGACUCUACUCGAUUACACUUUCCACACACGGGCUCCCACAGUCAUCCUGACCGACUGGGAACGGAAGAGGGUUGUCAUGGAAACCCUCGAGCAACACAUCUGUGUGUGUCUCUCGAGAGAGACUGCAAGUGUCAGAGAGAAAGUGUGGGUCCACCCUGACUGUAUGUGUGUGUCCCUUGGCUAGUGGGCACUGUGUAGGUGAUUUUUUUCAUCAGUGACGCGAUCCCUGACCUCAUUUCACACUGACGGAUUCUGUCUCUUUUCCAAAAGUCGGCGUGCGAUGGAGGCGGGAAGAAGGGGGGGGCGUCUGUGAGGAAUGGAUAAUGAGUGUGAUGUGCGAAAGACAACUCAGUCCAUCUCCUUCAUUUCCUGUCUGAGAAGCAACCUUAUGUCCUUAUCUAUUUUUAUAUCCUCGUGGUAGCAGAGCUCAGUCACGUCGUUCUUUAUCUUUGGUGUCCGUGUGUGCUGGUGUUUAAAUUUGUCUCACUUCACAUUUGCUCUGUAACUUAAAGGAACACAACACACUUUGGCUUGUUUUACACUCUAGUGAACGCCAUAACCGAUGACCUGUUGUAUUUCUAUAAUAAAUGUUGAUUUUAUUAAUGA